AUGUGGCAGCCUUCCCCAUGUGGCAGCCUUCCCCAUGUGGCAGCCUUCCUCAUGUGGCAGCCUUCCCCAUGUGGCAGCCUUCCCCAUGUGGCAGCCUUCCCCAUGUGGCAGCCUUCCCCAUGUGGCAGCCUUCCCCAUGUGGCAGCCUUCCCCAUGUGGCAGCCUUCCCCAUGUGGCAGCCUUCCCCAUGUGGCAGCCUUCCCCAUGUGGCAGCCUUCCCCAUGUGGCAGCCUUCCCCAUGUGGCAGCCUUCCCCAUGUGGCAGCCUUCCCCAUGUGGCAGCCUUCCCCAUGUGGCAGCCUUCCUCAUGUGGCAGCCUUCCCCAUGUGGCAGCCUUCCCCAUGUGGCAGCCUUCCCCAUGUGGCAGCCUUCCCCAUGUGGCAGCCUUCCCCAUGUGGCAGCCUUCCCCAUGUGGCAGCCUUCCCCAUGUGGCAGCCUUCCCCAUGUGGCAGCCUUCCCCAUGUGGCAGCCUUCCCCAUGUGGCAGCCUUCCUCAUGUGGCAGCCUUCCCCAUGUGGCAGCGUUCCCCAUGUGGCAGCCUUCCCCAUGUAGCAGCCUUCCCCAUGUGGCAGCCUUCCCCAUGUGGCAGCCUUCCCCAUGUGGCAGCCUUCCCCGUGUGGCAGCCUUCCCCGUGUGGCAGCCUUCCCCGUGUGGCAGCCUUCCCCGUGUGGCAGCCUUCCCCGUGUGGCAGCCUUCCCCGUGUGGCAGCCUUCCUCGUGUGGCAGCCUUCCCCGUGUGGCAGCCUUCCCCAUGUGGCAGCCUUCCUCGUGUGGCAGCCUUCCCCGUGUGGCAGCCUUCCCCGUGUGGCAGCCUUCCCCAUGUGGCAGCCUUCCUCGUGUGGCAGCCUUCCCCGUGUGGCAGCCUUCCCCGUGUGGCAGCCCUCCCCGUGUGGCAGCCCUCCCCGUGUGGCAGCCUUCCUCAUGUGGCAGCCUUCCCCAUGUGGCAGCCUUCCUCAUGUGGCAGCCUUCCUCAUGUGGCAGCCUUCCUCAUGUGGCAGCCUUCCCCAUGUGGCAGCCUUCCUCGUGUGGCAGCCUUCCCCAUGUGGCAGCCUUCCUCAUGUGGCAGCCUUCCUCAUGUGGCAGCCCUCCCCAUGUGGCAGCCUUCCCCAUGUGGCAGCCUUCCCCAUGGUGCAGCCUUCCUCAUGUGGCAGCCUUCCUCAUGUGGCAGCCUUCCUCAUGUGGCAGCCUUCCCCAUGUGGCAGCCUUCCUCAUGUGGCAGCCUUCCCCAUGUGGCAGCCUUCCUCAUGUGGCAGCCUUCCCCAUGUGGCAGCCUUCCCCAUGUGGCAGCCUUCCCCAUGUGGCAGCCUUCCCCAUGUGGCAGCCUUCCCCAUGUGGCAGCCUUCCCCGUGUGGCAGCCUUCCCCGUGUGGCAGCCUUCCCCGUGUGGCAGCCUUCCCCAUGUGGCAGCCUUCCUCAUGUGGCAGCCUUCCCCAUGUGGCAGCCUUCCUCAUGUGGCAGCCUUCCUCAUGUGGCAGCCUUCCUCAUGUGGCAGCCUUCCCCAUGUGGCAGCCUUCCUCAUGUAGCAGCCUUCCCCAUGUGGCAGCCUUCCUCAUGUAGCAGCCUUCCCCAUGUGGCAGCCUUCCCAAUGUGGCAGCCUUCCUCAUGUGGCAGCCUUCCCCAUGUGGCAGCCUUCCCCAUGUGGCAGCCUUCCCCAUGUGGCAGCCUUCCUCAUGUGGCAGCCUUCCCCAUGUGGCAGCCUUCCCCAUGUGGCAGCCUUCCCCAUGUGGCAGCCUUCUCCAUGGUGCAGCAUUCCUCAUGUGGCAGCCUUCCCCAUGUGGCAGCCUUCCCCAUGUGGCAGCCUUCCCCAUGUGGCAGCCUUCCCCAUGGUGCAGCCUUCCCCAUGUGGCAGCCUUCCCCAUGUGGCAGCCUUCCUCAUGUGGCAGCCUUCCCCGUGUGGCAGCCUUCCCCGUGUGGCAGCCUUCCCCGUGUGGCAGCCUUCCUCAUGUGGCAGCCUUCCCCAUGUGGCAGCCUUCCCCAUGGUGCAGCCUUCCCCAUGUGGCAGCCUUCCUCAUGUGGCAGCCCUCCCCAUGUGGCAGCCUUCCUCAUGUGGCAGCCUUCCCCGUGUGGCAGCCUUCCCCGUGUGGCAUCCUUCCCCAUGUGGCAUCCUUCCCCAUGCGGCAGCCUUCCCCAUGUGGCAGCCUUCCCCAUGUGGCAGCCUUCCCCAUGUGGCAGACUUCCCCAUGUGGCAGCCUUCCCCAUGUGGCAGCCUUCCCCAUGUGGCAUCCUUCCUCAUGUGGCAGCUUUCCCCAUGUGGCAGCCUUCCCCAUGUGGCAGCCUUCCCCAUGUGGCAGCCUUCCCCAUGUGGCAGCCUUCCCCAUGUGGCAUCCUUCCUCAUGUGGCAGCCUUCCCCAUGUGGCAGCCUUCCCCAUGUGGCAGCCUUCCCCAUUUGGCAGCCUUCCCCAUGUGGCAUCCUUCCCCAUGUGGCAGCCUUCCCCAUGUGGCAGCCUUCCCCAUGUGGCAGCCUUCCCCGUGUAACGGGGGGUGGGGGAAAUAG